AUGAUCAGCAAGGCCUUCUACUUCGCUCAGAGGAUGCACGAGGGGCAGCUGCGUCGGUCAGGAGAGCCGUACUUCAUCCAUCCCGUCGGGGUGGCGAGCAUCAUAGCGGACAUGAAGCUCGACUCCGCCUCCAUCGUCACUGGCCUGCUGCACGACACAGUGGAGGACACCUCUGCCUCGCUAGAGCUGAUACAGCAGGAGUUCGGGUCGGAGGUGGCGCAGCUGGUCGACGGGGUGACGAAGAUCGGCAAGAUUCAGUUCACGUCCAAGGAGGAGCAGCAGGCAGAGAACUUCCGCAAGAUGAUCGUCGCCAUGGCCCGCGACAUCCGCGUCAUCCUCGUGAAGCUGGCGGACAGGACGCACAACGUCCGCACCCUCAAGUUCGUCCCUGCGCAGAAGCAGAAGGAGGUGGCGAGAGAGACGCUGGACCUGUAUGCUCCCCUCGCUCACCGCCUCGGCAUUUUCUGGAUGAAGACGGAGCUGGAAGAUACGAGCCUGCGCUACCUCGAGCCCGAGGUCUACGAGGAACUCAAGAUGAUGGUGGCGGCGAAGAAGGAGGAGCGGCAGGCCUACACCAACGAGGUCAUGGAGAUCUUGGAGAAGAGCCUGGUGGACCAGGGCCUUACCAACGUCGUGGUGACUGGCCGAGCGAAACAUUUCUACUCCAUCUAUCAGAAGAUGAGAAGCCGCAGGCUGAAGCAUGUCAGCGAAGUGCAGGACCUGAUAGCGUUCAGGAUCUUGACCGACGACCUGAGUCAGUGCUACCAGGCCCUCGGCAUCGUUCACAGCAUGUGGAAGCCUGUCCCUGGGAGGUUCAAGGACUACAUCGCGCUCCCGAAGCCCAACAUGUAUCGAUCGCUCCACACGACCGUCAUCGGGCCUGGUGGCCAGCGCAUCGAAGUUCAGAUCCGGACGUCGGAGAUGCACCGUGUAGCAGAGGAGGGAAUAGCUGCUCACUGGAUGUACAAGGGAGAAUCCAAGGGUGUGGAGGAGGCGCGCAGGUUCGCAUGGCUGAGGCAGCUGGUCGAGUGGGUGCAGCAGCUCAACGACCCUCAAGAGUUUCUGCACAGCGUAAAGGAGGUGAAAGCGAAUGACCUCUCCUGCUGGUCCUGA